GAGGUGAACUCGCUGGAGUGUCUCGGUGAGGCAGACCUGCCAUGGUGUCAAAGGAUUGACUUCACGGUGAACAAACUCUCAGUGGUGCCGCCUUUGGCGGCCCUGGGGCGUUUGAGAUUCGCGUGCUUCGCGUCCAACGAGAUCACCUCCCUGGAGGGCUUCGGAGAUCAUCCCAUCUUGGAGGAGUUGCAGCUCCAGGAGAACCAGCUUACCUCUCUCAAGGGUUUGGGCUGCCUUAAGAGCCUGCGCUCUCUGAUUGUCUCGACCAACCAGCUAACAUCGCUGGAAGGCUUAGAUGCUCCCGUGCUGAAGAAGCUGGAUGUGAGCAAAAAUCAGCUCGCCGUCUUGGAGCAUUUGGACAAAGCUCCGGUGUGUGAGGAGUUGGAUGUCUCUGAGAACCAACUCAGCGCUGAGGAUCCGAAUCUUCCGGAGCUGAAGCGCCUUGGGGCUGAAAAGACAUUGCACUCUUUGAACAUUGCCGGCAACACGGGCGACCUUCGGAUCGAGGUUAUGGUUGUGGCGCCACAAGUACAGAUCAUUGAUGGAGAGCCAGUGACGGAGGAAGAUCGAGAAGCAGCGGUGGCCAAGGCGGAAGAGUUGGUGGAAGCUGUGAAGGCCAAGGCCGAAGAAGAUGCUCGCCUGGCAGCCGAAGCUGCAGCUGCGGCCGCAGAGGCGGAGGCGGCUGCAGCUGGUGGUGAAGAAGAGGGUUAAAAAGUCCUAGACCUAGAACUGCCAGCGUGUUUCACCGGACUCUGCAAAUGGCAGAAGCCGCAUGGAGAUUCCGCUUGAGGAAGAAUGUCUGCUGGCUGAUAGCUUGACAAGGUGAAACAAGGUGACUCACAUGACUCACACUGGAUCCCUUCAGUUUGCAUGAAAAGAAGCUUUCCCUCUCUGUUCCAUCCAUCAAAGGCCCCAACUAUGAGGUGCGGUGUAUCUAAAUAGUUGGACCCCUCAAUGACUACAAGGGUAUUUGUUUCUUUGUUUGUUCUUGUUUUUCAAGGUUUCCCUCUC